UGAUCCUGUCUGCGCAGUCACAUAGCCAAAACUCUGAAUGCGCAAACACGAAGCCCGCUGCAGGCUGCCCACCCCCGAACACGUAACUCCAUCAUCAUCCGCAUCGUCAUAAUUCAUGCUUCCCACUUGCCAGCUUCCCCAACACGACCUCUUUUGGCUUCAAGAGCGCAAGGACAACUGGUAGUAUUGUAUGCAAACCUCGGCGUAUUCCGUAUUCAUCCAUCCAUUUUCCCCUCUUCCCAACCAAGGCAAUCGAGGCUGUGCUCGUCCAUUCCUCCCAACUCGCAUCACACAUCGCAUCAGUCAACUAGCAAGGACACACCAAACAGAAGCAAAACCAAAACCAAACCAAAAAAAAAACCCCCCGACCCUUUCUCGCCAAAAUCCUCCAAUAGCCUCAUCUCCAGCUCCAGCUCCGCCCCCCUUUUUGUUAUAUCCUAGGUCUACCUUGUUUCCUCAUCUUCUGCACCUCCCAUCAUCCUGCCAAUUGCUCUCUCUCAACUCUCUCUCUCUGUCUUCCUCUAUUGCGCCGCUUCACUUCCCCGAUGAGCUCUUCGCCUCAAACCCAUCGCCCCCCCUGUAUCGCUCUAACCCUGUUCCAAGCCCAUCCAUCCCCGCAAUCUCCAAAAGGCCAUCAGCCAAGCAAAAUUACCGCCUCAUCAUUGGCCCCUCGCCCUGCACACGCUGUUUUGUCUCACGUUUCGUGUGGAGUAAGCAAUCGAUAGGCAAUCUCCUAUCCCUAACGAGGACUCCACCUUUGCUGGUCAAAACGCUGUUCUUUCGCCACGGCGCCUGCAGAACAAGGCAACUGGUAAUAUCAAUUUGGGACUUUCAGGCGCUUCGCGAGGCGGGGAUGAUACCUACGAUACCAAACAGAUAACCAGCAAAUUACUUGUAUAGAUACUUUGUAGUAGUAGUAGUGCUGUAGCAGCAGCAAGACUUGUCCACCGCCGCUCCAGCUACCGGGGACGAACUCCAUUCUGUCUGGUACCGCG